AUGGCGCUCACCAGCUUUUUACCUGCAGCUACUCAGCUCUCUCAGGACCAGCUUGAGGCUGAAGAAAAGGCAAGAUCCCAGAGAUCAUGGCACACCUCACUGGUCUGCUCCCGAAGAGAACCUCCCCAAUACGGGUACCGGCAAGGCUGGAUACCUCGGUUAUUAGAGGAUUUUGGAGAUGGAGGUGCUUUCCCAGAGAUCCAUGUGGCCCAGUAUCCACUGGAUAUGGGGCAAAAGAAAAAAAUGUCAAAUGCCCUGGCCAUUCAGGUGGAUGCUGAAGGAAAAAUUAAAUAUGAUGCCAUUGCUCGGCAAGGACAGUCAAAAGACAAGGUCAUUUAUAGCAAGUACACUGACCUGGUUCCCAAGGAGGUCAUGAAUGCAGACGACCCAGACCUGCAAAGACCGGAUGAAGAAGCUAUUAAAGAGAUAACAGAAAAGACCAGGGUGGCCUUAGGAAAAUCUGUAUCACAGAAGGUUGCUGCGGCCAUGCCAGCUCGAGCGGCUGAUAAACUGGCUCCCGCUCAGUAUAUCCGGUACACGCCAUCUCAGCAAGGACUGGCUUUCAACUCUGGGGCAAAACAGAGGGUUAUUCGUAUGGUGGAAAUGCAGAGAGAUCCAAUGGAACCUCCAAGGUUCAAGAUUAAUGAGAGAAUUCCCCGAGGACCACCUUCUCCUCCCACACCUGUCAUGCAUUCUCCUAGCCGAGAGAUGACUGUGAAGGAGCAACAGGAGUGGAAGAUUCCUCCGUGUAUUUCAAACUGGAAAAAUGCAAAGGGCUAUACAGUUCCGCUAGACAAACGUCUGGCUGCUGAUGGAAGAGGACUGCAGACAGUUCACAUCAAUGAAAAUUUUGCUAAGCUGGCCGAAGCCCUCUACAUUGCUGAUCGGAAGGCUCGUGAAGCCGUGGAAAUGCGUGCCCAAGUAGAGAGAAAGAUGGCGCAGAAAGAAAAAGAGAAACAUGAAGAGAAACUGAGAGGAAUGGCCCAGAAAGCUAGGGAGAGGAGAGCUGGGAUCAAAACCCAUGUGGAAAAAGAGGAUGGGGAGGCACGUGAGAGGGAUGAAAUUCGGCACCACGGGCGGAAAGAGAGACAGCAUGACCGGAAUCUUUCCAGGGCAGCGCCCCAUAAGAGGUCGAAACGGCAGAGAAAUGAAAAUCGAGAUAUCAGCGAGGUCAUCGCUCUUGGUGUGCCCAAUCCCCGGACUUCCAACCAAGUUCAAUAUGACCAAAGGCUGUUCAACCAAUCCAAGGGCAUGGACAGUGGUUUUGCAGGUGGAGAAGAUGAAAUUUACAAUGUGUAUGAUCGCGCCUGGAGAGGUGGUAAAGAUAUGGCCCAGAAUAUUUACAGGCCCAGUAAAAAUCUGCAUAAGGACAUGUAUGGUGAUGAUCUAGAAGCCAGAAUGAAGACCAACAGAUUCGUUCCCGAUAAGGAGUUUUCUGGUUCAGACCAUAGGCAAAGAGGUAGAGAAGGACCAGUUCAGUUUGAGGAAGAUCCUUUUGGUUUGGACAAGUUCCUGAAAGAAGCCAAACAGCACGGUGGCUCCAAAAGACCCUCAGAUAGCAGCCGCCCUAAGGAACAUGAGCAUGAAGGCAAAAAGAGGAGGAAGGAAUAG